AAUCAUUGCGAAAACGAAACUAGACUACUUCAAUGAUCAGUAUUUUAUAAUCUCUAUAUGGACACUUUAUUAGUGUGCAGAUUCAAUAACAGGCGAAGCGCGAGCAGUAUUUACGCUACAGAUCACACAGUUCACGCUUAUAAGUUUGGUUUCAGGAUAUCUGCGUAUAUUCUAGUUUCGAUUAUAAAUAUUUGUGAAUAAGUUUGUUUAUUUAUUUUUUUGAAAAUAUAAACAUGGGGAAAGGAAGAAGUGGAGAAGGGCUGGCAAUCUGUGGAGCAGCGUGUUUUUGUUGCUGUAUCGUGGGUAUCGUCUUUGCGCUGUUUGGACUCGGUAUCGCCAAAAUAGUCAUGGGAGCCAUCCAUCUCCACGACUGUCCUCUACAAGACAAGGUGCCUAUCUGGCUGAUAGUGAGCGGCAUUGCUCCAAUCUUCUUUGGUGGUUCGGCGAGUAAACAAGGGGAGGACGGUGAAGAGAGUCGAAGUACCGUGCGCAGUGUCUGUGGGAUCAUAGGACUGCUCUUCAACCUCGCCUGGCUCAUUUGUGGAUCGUUGUGGGUGUACCCCACAUACGGAACGGUAAACAAAAACGACUUCGUGCCCUGUAUUGGCAACGUUACGACGGGAUGCUCUCAAGACUGCCACAAGCCGACCUUGACCUUCGCGUUUGCCAUGGUCACACUCGACUGGAUUUUCUUUGUACUCUGGUUUAUCAUCAUAUUUUGCUCUGUGCGUGAAAUUUGCAAUCGGUCCUCUCGUAGAGGUUAUGAGCAUGCCUAAAGACGGUGUGCUUGGUGUGUGCAGCCUAUGAGCCAUACACAAUGAUUGCGUAUAGAUAUACUAGUGUUAAUCUUGUAUCUGAGUUAUUCGUUUCACUUUCAUUUUACAGUCGAAACACGUUGGCUCGAUAGUCCAGGGAUCGGUCAAAAUGCUUCGAGCCUCGCGAAUAUCGAGCCAAGCGGGAUCGCCUACAUAGAGUUAAACAAAAUCGAUCCUUGACAUACAGUUCGAGCAAACGAGAAUAUCGAGCCAAGCGAUAUCGAACCAAGCGAUAUCGAACCAACGGGUUUCGACUGUACUUAUACAAGCAUCAAACACCUUGCUAAAAUACUUUAGCCAAACUUUGUUUGUGUCGUUCCUGAAAAAAUACCAGACUUUGGAGGCCAUUUGAAGGAUGUCAGUUGUAUUUCCCUUUAUAUUGAGAGCGAGCUGGAACAUGAAUACAUCCCUACAUUAGUUUAUUAUUAUUUGUUUUAUUAUUAAGUUUCCUUAAGUUAAUGCAUACUUUGAUAAGAUUUACCUUUUACGUUUUUUUCUUUAUUCAGGAUUGUUGGGAUAAGAGUGAGGUUUGUGCACGUAAACUGGUUUAAACCCCCAGUAAAUUUACAUUUUACUGACCGUUCAAAGGCGGUACCUAACAAUCCUUGAUAAACAUACCUAGUUUUUUUAUAUACUAUAUAUGCACUUUGCUGUUUAUGGAGUUUUGUGUUGUUGUUCCAUGUUUCUUGUAUGUGAUUUUUUGUUUUUGUGGUCUAUGUCUUUUGGCUACUGAGCUUGUUUCUGUAGUUUUUCACAUAAGUAUUGUAUAAACCGUACUCCUUUUGCAAAUAUAUACGAUCAUGUAUGGCUGUUUUCAUGUAAUAUUAAUAUUCCAAAACUUAAAUACUAGUAGUUAACCUUUUUACUUUUUUUUGGUAUAAUCAUUGUUGAUAAACAAGAAUUCUCAAACUGGUUCUUACUCUGCAAUCAUCACUGAGGAGUAAUUACACGUGUUCUGUAAUAGUAUAUCAGAUCUUGAGGUCAGACGUUAUUUACACUUAGAGAAGCCGGUAUUAGGAUUCCCGACAUAAUAGUAAACCGAGUACAGUUUUAAAUUCCACGUGUAGUGAAAAAUAAAUAGUGUUUUGUACUUUUUAGAACAAAAACCA